GGAAAAAGUUCAACCAUGUUAUCUCUGCUCAUCAAUAUACUAUGGUGGACAAGAUGUCUAUUCUCAACCUCAGAAUACCCAGACAAUAUGAGUAUACAUUAACCUAAUUGAAAUGAAUACUGCAUUAUAGUACAUUUUGAGCACACUUCCUGAGAGAGUUCUAUAAAUGCAACUCAAAAAGCAUAACUAAUGUUGCAAAAAUUAAAAACCAUGCAUCAUACUUGUAGUUAAUCAGGUUAUUCAACUUCCAUGGCACAUAUCUGUAAGAAUUCUACUCAUGGCAAUGAAUCCGGGGACUAACGAAAUAACUUUUACUGUGUUUCAGAAGCAGAAAGGAAAUGAAAUUAAUCAUCAAGAGUUUAAUAAAAAUUCGGGAGAAGAUGACUCUAGCAGUGCUUCAAGAGGAAACUGGUGGCAAGGUAUGAAGUAUGACAUUUUCUGGAACAGCAAGCGGAUUCCAAUAUGUAUUGCCCUAGCAGAUUUUCUGUUCAAAUAUUUGUUUUGGCAGGUUCUCUCCAUUAUUAAGCGCUCAUUACCCAUGGCUUGUGAACUUUACAUAUACUAGGUAUUUUAUUUAUGAAACUCUAUUUGAGAAAUUAGAUGCGAGUUCUUUUAUUGGUUUUCAUUCUCAAUUCUAACUUCUAAAAAGACCUUGAUAAGUACCAGACAUGGACCAUUCAAUGGUGUUUCCUUGGAUGGUCAUAGACUCUGAGACUAGGUUAUCUAGUCUAGUGAUGUUUUCAUCACAAUUUUGCACAUCAUACAUAUCUCUAAUCUAACAUGUGCAUUGAAUGUUUUUAGUUUCUAGGUUUGAAAAUUUCUGCUGAGGCAUAAUAGAUUUGUUGUCUUCGAAUCCCAUGACCAAGUAGCACAAAAAUUAAUUUUAGAAAGGGUAGUUCAGAAAAUGAAACUCUCUUUUCUAUGAGUACCACUAUCACUCCCAUUUGCCAUUUGGGGUGUCAAUUUCAUGCAUAAAUAUUAGCGCGACAUAAACCCAUGAACCCAGAAAAACAGAGGGGGAAAGAAGAUUGAAAAAAUUCAAAUGGAAAGAAGUUUGCAUGUGAAGGACUAUAUCAUUGAUGUAGUUUCAUUUAACUGCUUGUCAUCCCAAAUUGAUAUAGCUUAAUAUCUUCUCUUUUAUUGAUAUAGCGUAUAUGAAAGACGGAUAGUAGCCUGGUCGUUGCAGGCAGCCUGUAAUUGCUUCCUCCUGUCAAGCAUUAUAUGUAUUUGACAGUUAUAUGUUCUUUCUAGGGAGUUUGUAUGCCAGUCUCCUUCUGUGGUGGACAGUUUUAACAUAAAAAUUCAGUACAAUCUUUGUGUGGCUGAACUUUCUCUGCUUUCUUACCCAAAAAAAUGUCAUUUGCUAGAAACCCUUCAAUCAUCCUCGUCAAUGGACAGUGACCCAACAUGUGGAACAAUGUUGUAAUCUGUGUUAUGGUUUUGUUCAUUACCAACUGUUGAUUUAGCUCUUG